AUGGUGUCAUUAUCAGUUAUACAGCGUGUGUUUCAUAUUUCGAAAACGGUCCUUGCUUUCAGACAUUUGUCACCAGUGAAAGGAAGUGGCUCGUUGUUAAUUUGAAUCCAUUAACAAAAUAUAAUGUUCGUGUUCUUGCAAGUACUAAAGUUGGCCAUGGAAACUACAGUAAAAGUGAAGGAUUUUUUACGAGUGGGAGUAAGUAAUCCUAUGAACUCUCUCUCACACACUUCAUUACCUUUGAUAGGUUUGUUUUAACGUCCGUCUAUCUGUCAGCCGGAUAACUCAAAAACAAUCAAACGAGUAAUACGAAAUUUUGUGGAACUAUUGGCAUUAGCUCGCGCAGUAGACCAAGCUAAAGAUCAAAUCGAUCAAAUUUUGGCUGAAUUUAGAUGAAAGUUAAUUAGAUCAGAUAUUUUGUAGGAGAUUGUCUUGUUUUCCGUUAAACUGAUUAUUGUGGUUUGGGUGAAGAGAGUAUUAGUUCGUUUUUAACAUCUGAAGAAGGUGAAUGGUAAAAUAUAUGUGUUUUACUGCAAGGAAAACAUGGUUCCUUUGUACACUCAAAAUGUCUACUGCAGUUAAUACAUAAAAUUUAAAUAAAAACGUCUGUUUAUUUAUACACUUUAGUUCCGAGCGGUCUUCCAUUGAACAUCAGAACUACAUCAAGAAGUGCAUCGUCAUUAUCUUUCACUUGGAAUCCUCCUGACACAACCGAACAAAAUGGUGUCAUUAUCAGUUAUAAAGCGUGUGUUUCACAUUCAGAAAAUGAGCCUUGCUUUCAGACAUUCACUACAAGAGAAAGAAAAUGGCUCGUCGGAAAUUUGAAUUCAUCAACAAAAUAUUUUGUUCGUGUUCUUGCAAGUACUAAUGUUGGUCAUGGAAACUACAGUGAAAGUAAAGGAUUUUUUACGAAUGGAAGUAAGUACAACACCCAUGUCAUAUAUAUCUUUAUCCUUUUUGUGAUCCUACUAGAAAAUGUCUUCUCUGAAUUUUGUACUUACCGUUUGGCUCAGUCAUUUUAUGUCGUCUUGGUAAAGAAUUGUUUAUUGUAUUUAACACAUGCAUAAAAGGAUAAGACAGUCAACAUUACUUCCGAAUCUGAAAAAUCUUUAUUUUACGUUUUUGCAUAUUCUGCUUUGUGUGUACUAGCCAAAACAUGAGCAGCCGGUUUUUAUCUGAUAUACAAACUCGAGGCGAAGGCGAGAGUUUGUAUAUCAGAUAAAGAUCGGAUGCGAAUGUUUAACGUCCUUAAAAUACGACCCAUCUUACGAGUUCAUUGGCGAAGUAAUUUUGAAAAUAAACAUUGUCUAAGCCUAGAAAAUCAAAGCUGAAGUUUACGUAAAUCAGGACAAAUCUUUAUCCGAUUUACAAACAUUGAUUAAACAUUCAUUUCUUUUGAAUUUUCUUCAUGAGUUAUUAAUGAGUAUUUUAAUAUCAAUUGUCAUUUGUUAAGUUGUUUAAUGGUUUGAUAAUUUAUAUUUUGUUUCAGCACUACUUUUACUGAGGUAAAAUUCUCAAUCCUUUCUUAUUUCACCUUUACUUAAGGAAAAUUUUCAGGCAAUACUUCUUCUUUUUUUAACUAAUAUCAUAAUUUCGCUGAAUACCGUUGAUAACAGUUUACUUUUUCCUGCAGGACCGGCUGAGAAGGCCACAGCUGAAACAUCAAGUACACUCACAUUUUCAUUGAAAAUUCCAUCAAAAACGUUUGUGUAAGUAUAUUAAUAUUUGACUCUCUGAUGGUGUUGCAGACAAAUACAUGGUAUAAUAUAUUACUUGGUUUAUAUGAAAAAGGCAAAAUUUGAUUUAUAGAUAUUUGUACGUGGUGGCUUUUAAAUUAAAAGACGACAAAGAGCCUACAUCAUCUGACAGUUACGAGAACAGCGAGUUGGUGACGUAUGUUGAGGCAGAAAACUCGACCAAUUGGAAACCUUAUAUUGCUGCAGUAGUUACAUCCAGCGGUGUUGAUGGAAACAUGUUUGUACUUGGUGAUGGCAGAAAUACAGAUGAUCCAACUUCACGAAAACGGCGGUCAACUACAAGUGAUUAUUUUAAUGGUCCGUUGGAGCCUGGCACUAGUUAUAUUAUUUUUCAAAGGAUUAUUAUCAAUGAAAUGGUAUGAUAUUGUGGGGGGAGGGGGCACAGCAAACUUUCAGUUGAAAGCACUGAUCUCCAAACCAGGCUGGAUUAUGGAGCCAAUGACGGCCAUAUUGCCAUAGAUAUUGAGUGGGCAUUUCAGCAAAAAGUUCAGGGAAACGAAAGGGUAGAUUGAAGCGUACUAAUGGGGGCAAAUUUGAGUUUACUCUAACAGUUUCUGCUGCAUUUUAAGUGCGAUUUUUUUCUUCUGACUGAUGUGAACGAAUAAGUGAGUUGAGAAUGUUCUGAGUAUCUGAAUAUUCAUAACUCAUCCAUUCUUUCACAUUCAUCAAACGAAGAAAAUCGCAACAAAAAUUGCAAGUGUAAACGAGGGUUAAAAAAGAAAAACAAAAACGAGCAAAUAGUACUGCCACAUAUUUCCCUCAAUACGUUAUAACAUCAAUGUGUAGCUGGCUAAACAGAUCAAUAAAUUAAUAAAUUAUCGCCUUCUUUACCAUAGGGUGAUUAUUAUUCCACUGACUGGAGUCCUUCUUCAAAAACGAGUGAAGGUACAGGUAUA